AUGUGCAUGCCGGAUCUCCUGAUGCCUGUCCUGUCAAGCGUGCAUUCUAGAUGGCACCGUUGGGUGGUACUGUCACUCGACAUUCCACGAUCAAACCGCAGGGCGGCCAUACGAACGGCGCCAAUCACCGGUCUCCUCAGUUCCAGUCAUACCGGUUGCUGUGGUCAACGCUUGACAAUGAGCGAGAUUAGACUCGGACACCCUCACUUUGUCAUACGAGGUAGCCACCAAAAAUCUUUGGUUCGCGUGAAGGCCGACUCCUCAACGUCGCCAUCGCCUCAGGUAUCAGACAUCAUCAAGAUACAGUGGGUCGAGCCUGCCGACGUCAAAACCACCCAGCGCCGCAGAACAGCGUGCUUUGAGUGCCUUUAUGGAUUUGACGGAAGCGGUGAAGCAUAUGCAGCUCAGUAUGCGACCGAGCAUCAGGCACCUGUAGCGCCAGGGCUCGCAGCCGGAAAGAUGGAUACCGUCCAGGAGGGCGACGGCCCACUCAACAUGGCAUCAAUCACUUGA